GACAGAAGUAACAUAACGAGUGACAUUUGUACUGAAAAUCAUCCAGCUAAACAACAAAUUGGUAAAAUUCUGGUUUAAAAAAAUCGAUGCAAAACAUUGCGAUGAAAUGUCGUUUCGUUCGCGCGUGUUAAGUUUGGUGGAGGUAGUGUUAAGGGUGCCCCCAUUGUUCGUGAUCGAUGAAAUAUUGAAAAUUGGUUUGGGCCUAACCGAACUUUCUGAGCACGAUUUGUCCUCUUCUCUGAUAAAUGAAAAUGAGGAAAAGCCGCAGAUCGAGAUCUUGUAUAACUACACGUCGGUACCAGAUGACCCUGCGAUAUACCGAUUUAUCAUAGUUGCUCUAGUCAGGUUGCUCUUCAGUGCUAUAGGCUGUGCCGGCGGAAUAUGCCUCUUCAUCUUGAGCACCAAGCACCUAAUGGUGGUCUACAUGUACUUGAUGUCGAUCAUAGUCGCCUACAUGUCCUACUACAUGAACCUCUCGGUAGCCGUGACGGUCAUACGGUACGCGGAAAACAUUUCCGAGCCGGUCGGCUACAUAGAACUGGCAACGACGCACGGCAUGCAAGUAUUCCAGACGAACGUCGUGCAGGGAAUCCUGGCGUUCGUCUUCAUGUACGUGCAUCUGGGUUCGAGGAACCACGUGAUCGAGAAGAUGCUGCUGAUGUCUUUCGUUUUCCCGUCGCCGUUGUGCUUGCUGCCUCUGCCCGCGCAAAUCAAGGGGGCCAUACCGUUGAUUUUCGCCUUGGUGCCGGGUUACUUGAUCAACGUGGUUUUGUUCACGUCGGUGAUAAGCGUCGUGCAAAGCAUAUACAACGGGUAUCUGCAAGUACGAAACUACGUCAGUAAUUUUGGCAUAUCGGCUUUGGUCGAAUCGGAAUGGGUUAGACUGAACGUUCCCGAGGUACUCAGAACUUUCUGGAUACUAAGAGUUUUAGAGCACGCCGGUAUAUUCUUCAUAUCAGGUUAUUGGACCAUCGAGGAUGGUAAUAGUCCUUCUUUUAGGCUCUUGAAAUACCUCAUGGUUACAGGUUGCGACACCCUAACAGCUGUAUUAGGUAUAACUAGCAUUGUCUCGUACAUCUGCAACUUGAUUGGCAAGUUCUUCCAAUGGAUACUACUAAUGGAAGACGAAAAUGAUAAAAACUUCGGAACUGUAUCUGCAAUUGUAUUCUAUAUACUCGCUUUACAAACUGGGUUGACCGGGUUGGAACCUGAUGUACGGUUUGUGAGACUAUGUCGGAAUUUUUGCUUGCUCUUCACAGCCCUUCUACAUUUCACCCAUAACGUUGUGAACCCCCUACUAAUGUCUCUAAGUGCUUCUCAUAACCCCUCCCUAAGAAGGCACGUACAUGCUCUAUUAGUAUGUUCUAUUUUGGUUGUUUUACCACUCAUUUUAAUGUACUUUUUAUGGUCAACACAAGAACCUUCAACAUGGUUGCUAGCUGUAACAGCCUUCAGCAUUGAGGUGAUUGUUAAAGUCUUCGUAACACUCUCCAUAUAUGGUCUAUUCCUUUUGGAUGCAGUGAGAGAGACCUUUUGGGAGAAGCUCGACGACUACAUCUACUACAUCAGAGCGUUCGGUAACACUGUCGAGUUCUGUUUCGGAAUCUUCCUGUUCUUCAACGGCGCCUGGAUACUGCUCUUCGAAUCCGGCAGCGCGAUCAGAGCUAUAAUGAUGUGCAUCCACGCCUACUUCAACAUUUGGUGCGAUGCUAAGGCAGGCUGGUCCGUUUUCAUGAAACGCAGAACUGCCGUUAACAAAAUCGAAAGCCUGCCCGAGGCGGAUAGGGAACAGCUCCGACAAUUGGAAGACGUGUGCGCGAUUUGCUACCAGGAGAUGCAAAGUGCUAAAAUAACGAAGUGCAAACAUUUUUUCCACGGGGUGUGCCUCAGGAAAUGGCUGUACGUGCAGGAUAGGUGUCCUUUGUGUCACGAGAUUUUGCACAGUGUGGAUGCGACUGAUAAAAGGGAUAAUAGUAAUAUUGAACAGUUAAACCCUGUUGUUGUCGAGCAAAACGACGAAAGGUGACACUUUUUUUAGUAAAUUAAUAAUUAAUUAAUUGUGAUUUAGGGUAAAGACGGACAGUCAAGUCGGAAAUCAUGUAAAUUUUGGAACAAAUUUUAUUGACUUUGGAAUGUUUUGCAAUACAAAAACUGGACAAGAGAAAUCAUUCUCUAACAUAACAUGAAUUCGGUUUUUAUUUGUAGGUAGGCAUUUUAUAAUUGAUUGUAAGAAAAAAGUUUAUUUUUAUAUUUAUUGUACAUAUUUUUUGUGAUGUUAUAUUUCGGUAUGUAUAUUUCAAAGUCAAUAUACAGUGUAGUUAACAAACAUUGUUAUUUAGUUUAACAGGUGUAAGAUUUAUAAUAAUAUUAUAAAAAUUAAAUAAAAAGGA